CCGGGCGGCGCCGGGCCGGGACGGACGGAGCGAGUGUUCCUAAACCCCCUCCCCCGCCAGCCAUGAGCCCCCUCGGCGUCCUCGGCCCCGUCCUGUUCGGAGCCCUCCUGGCGGCCGCCGGCCCCACCCAGUUCUUCCGCGAGGAGUUCGGGGAUGGAGACGCCUGGACCCGCCGGUGGGUGGAAUCCAAGCACAAACCCGACUACGGCCGCUUCGUCCUCACCGCCGGCAAGUUCUACGGCGACGCCGAGAAGGACAAAGGGAUCCAAACGAGCCAGGACGCCCGGUUCUACGCGCUGUCGUCGCGCUUCGAGCCCUUCAGCAACCGCGACAAGACGCUGGUGGUGCAGUUCACUGUCAAGCAUGAGCAGAACAUCGACUGUGGCGGCGGCUACGUCAAGCUCUUCCCGGCCAGCCUCAGCCAGGAGGACAUGCACGGCGACUCCGAGUACAACAUCAUGUUUGGCCCCGACAUCUGUGGCCCCGGCACCAAGAAGGUGCACGUGAUUUUUAACUACAAAGGGAAGAACGUGCUGAUCAAUAAGGACAUUCGCUGCAAGGAUGAUGAAUUCACCCACCUGUACACGCUGGUGGUGCGGCCGGACAACACCUAUGAGGUGAAGAUUGACAACGCCCGCGUGGAGUCGGGGAGCCUGGAGGAGGAUUGGGAUUUCCUGCCCCCCAAAAAGAUCAAAGACCCCGAGGCCAAGAAACCCGAUGACUGGGACGAGCGGGCCAAGAUCGAUGACCCCGAGGACACCAAACCCGAGGACUGGGACAAACCCGAGCACAUCCCGGACCCCGACGCCAAGAAACCGGAGGAUUGGGACGAGGAGAUGGACGGGGAGUGGGAGCCCCCCGUGAUCCAGAACCCCGAGUACAAGGGCGAGUGGAGGCCGCAGCAGAUCGACAACCCCGACUACAAGGGCAAGUGGGUGCACCCUGAGAUCGACAACCCCGAGUACAGCCCCGACCCCCUGCUCUACUCCUACGACAGCUUCGGGGUCAUCGGCCUCGACCUCUGGCAGGUGAAGUCAGGCACCAUCUUCGACAACUUCCUGAUCACGGACGACGAGAAACUGGCGGAGGAGAUCGGGAACGAGACCUGGGGGGCCACCAAGGACGCAGAGAGGAAGAUGAAGGAGCAGCAGGACGAGGAGCAGCGGAAGAAGCAGGAGGAGGAGGAGAAGCAGCAGAAGGAAGAGGAAGGGGAUGAUGAGGGCGACGAGGAGGAGGAGGAUGAGGACGAGCCCGAGGCCGAGCCCGAGGAGGCGGAGGCGGCCCCGCGGGACGAGCUGUGAGGGCCCCGCGGCGGGCCCCGUUCUGUCUCUGUGAGACCUGGACUCUUUUCUAUGGGCGCCGGCAGCGAACCGGCACGGCCGGCACCGAACCGGCACGGCCGGCACCGAACCGGCACCGAACCGGCACCGGGCGCCCUGCGGGGCGAGGACUCAGGACCAGCGCCGGGGGUGGGGAGGGAUCGGAGAGGGGUGGGAGGGGUGGGGAAAGCACCGGCGGUGUCGCACGGGACUGUACGGGGGGUGUCGUGAUCCGGUUUCUAUUAAAUUAACGACGGUCCCGCCGCCGUUUCGCUCCUC